AUGAGCUCAGGUUUUUCAUAUCCACAGCCAAUAUUCCAAUCACCGGUUUAUAAUCCCGCGUUCUAUCUAACGUUAGAUGCCACUGGCUAUCUUACUUACGAUUAUGCCCAAACGUUGUAUCUCAGUAAUAAUGAUUAUCGAUUGACAUACAUCACUGGUAUCACUCAAGGAACAGCAACACCAGGAGUAGCUCUUGUCCCUGGAAGCGGUGGCGAUAUCAGCGCUUAG